AAGAAGUCCAAAUGUCAUGACCCUGAAUUAACUCAACCAAGGCCCAACUUACUCAAACACAAAACAUUCUAGACUUCUCUCAAACUUUCUCUCUCAUCCUCUUCAUUCGUCUUCUCACCUCCACUACUCCUCGAUAUUAUCACGUCGGAUUCCGACGGAUUCCGGCGACUUUGCGAUAUCCGACCUCCUCUUCUCCGGCGGACGGCGGCAGCGCAAGUUACUAGAUUCUUCUUCUAACUAUUAUUAUUCUUCCUAAUUCUUAUCAAAGCUCGAGUCAAGGGGCACUUGAGUAUAGACGGAACUUAAACAAUUUUUGCUAGUGAUCGCUCAGAUGGGGGAUCAAACAAAGCAAUCAGAGACAACAAUCGAAGAGGAAGUGGGGAGAGUGGUGGAGCAAGCAAAGGAAUUGCAAGAAGCGGCGGCAUCAUUCAUUUCGACGUCAUCAAGGGAAGAGAAAGAACUUCGACAACGUGCUCGUUCACUCGAUGAGUCCAUCGCGAAGCUUCGUUCCUCCAUCAGUUCUUUCACAAAUAGCUUGGAUCCCAGGCUAGUUGAGAAGCUUGAGGAUGAAUUGAAUAGAGCAAACUGUAUCCUGGUUGAUGGAGAUGCUUCAUCUUUUCUUCCUGGCAAAGUUGAGAGUUGGUUUUUAAAGAGGUUUCUUGGUCCUAUUAAUGUGCGAGCUAUCAGGAAGGAUGUCCAGUUGAAAGUCAAAGAGGAGUACAAUAGUUACAAAGAUAGAACUGCCUACUUGUUUCUUCUUUUUCCAUCUAUACUACUGAUUCUUAGAUCUUGGAUGUGGGAUGGCUGCAUGCCUGCUUUUCCAGUUCAACUUUAUCAGGCCUGGCUUUUAUUCCUUUACACAGGCUUGGCUUUGAGAGAGAAUAUCUUGAGAGUGAACGGAAGUGAUAUUCGUCCAUGGUGGAUAUAUCAUCAUUACUGUGCAAUGGUGAUGGCCCUCGUGAGCCUUACAUGGGAAAUUAAAGGCCAACCUGAUUGUGCACAGAAGCAGAGAGGGGUAAAACUUUUUCUACAAUGGGCCAUGAUGCAAGGAGUUGCAAUGUUAUUGCAAAAUCGAUAUCAACGGCAGAGGCUGUACACUCGUAUUGCACUUGGAAAGGCAAAGAGAAUGGAUAUUGUGUGGGGAGAAACGGCAGGAGAGCAUGGCCAGCUUUGGCUGCUUUGCCCUAUACUUUUUAUUUUGCAGGGUUUCGAGGCAUAUGUUGGUUCAUUGUUGCUUCAAACAGCAUUUGUUGGAUUUGUAUCUGAAUGGCAGGUGAGCUACCUUUUUUGUCCGUGUGUUCUCCAGGAAGGGAUAAUAAGAUUAUAUUUAGCAUCUUUGUACUUGAACCUUUGGCAGGUUGUUUUUUGUGGAUUUCUCUUGGUUUUGAUGGCAAUUGGUAAUUUCGUAAAUACGGUGAAAACUUUACUCGUGAAAUCGCGGUUUAAGGCAAAGAUGAAAAGGACUAAAAGCAAGCAACAGCUCGACUAGGGAUGGCAUUUCUGAAAGUUCCGAUAGCCUCAUACUCCCGAUUUCUUUUUAUUUAUAUCCUUGGUAUGUUGGCUUUGUGCUGCUCUGGUGUAACUGAAGAUUCUUUUCACGUAGUUGAGAUGUACACAUUGUUUUAUAGCAUAACCUCCCCUUUACCCUAAGAAAAAAAAAAGAGAUCAUUUUGUUUUGUAUGUGUAAUUGUUUGCUUAUCACAAUCAUCGAAUAUCGGCAUUUUUUUUAGAUUGCAUAAAUUAGAUUUGUAUUAAUGAAAUAAUAAAUGGGAUGUUACCCAGUUCAGUUUUGACGUUUUA